ACGGGGCCCCGGUGCCGCUAGCGACAGAAGCUGAGAAGCCGGCAUCUGAGCACAGCUUGCGGCCUUCAUCUAAACCUUCAGACUCGUAACAGGCACCACCGCACCGUACCGCACUCCGUCUCCGCUCCGCACUCCUCUCACCAUGCUCACUCGUCUCGGCUCUCUGCUAUUCGGCGCUGGCGGCGCCGGUGCCGGUGACGGUGACGGUGCCGAGCAGCUGGCACGGUCGCUGGGGCAGGUGGAGGCCUCCGACGGGUGGGUGAUCAUCGGCAAGCCAGAGACGACCUCUGACCUCUCCCCGCCAUCCUCCCCUCCGGCCUCCGCACCGGAGGCCUCUCCGGCGCCGUUGGCUGAUCGGCAAAUCGGGCGUCCCGACGGCGUCGCGAGGCGGCGCCGGCAAAGACGGUCGGCGCCAGCUUCCGCCGUCGCCGCCGGCGCCGCCUCGCCGCCUUCCUCCCAAGACGGGCGGCCGGCGCUGCCGGCGGCGGCCACGGCCGCCGCCGCCGCCGCGGCCGUGGCCGCCCCGACCGCCCGCCUGCGGGCGGUCUCCGAGCGGGCGAGGACGCGUGCCGACGGCGCCCGGCUGGCGCGCCGUGGGCUCAAGCGCCGGAACGCCGCCGCCGCCGCCGCCGGCGCCGCCCCGCCCCGGCAGUCUCGCCGCUUCAUCCAACAGCCGGCGCGGCGCGGCGCCGCCACCGGCGCCUGCUGGCGGUGA